CUUUUAAAGAUCUCCAGUUUCGGGAUAUCCCACCUGCCGGCAGGCUCAACUCUCUGAACAACUCCACGAUUUGAAAGCUCAGUGAGCGACCAUCCGAGCAGCUUGCGACUUCUGGAUUCACCUCUCCAUCCUGUGUGACUUGUCCCCGACGCCGAAGCCCUCUAACUCGGCAUACAGUCUGCAGCCUUUGCAAAGUCAGCUUGCCAACACCUCCUACCUGCCGCAUUAAACGAACCCGCGCCCACCACAUCCAGAACGUAGAGCUUCGCCCCAACAUCCUCUAGUCACACUAUACAUACCGACGCAUUCGGCCAGAGCCAUCGGCGAGUCACAUCUCGUGCAGUUAUUCCUCUCCGGCCCUUGCGCCGAAACCAACCCAAUAGCAUGCCUCAACCUCUCAGCGCGAAGGAGAACUCUCUCUUUCGCCAGGUCAUUCGCAACUAUGAAGACAAGCAGUACAAGCGUGGACUCAAGGCGGCCGAGCAGAUCCUUAAGAAGAACCCCAAACAUGGCGACACAAUGGCCAUGAAGGCUCUGAUCAUCAACCAGCAAGGGAAGACGGACGAAGCUUUUGCCUUGGGCAAGGAAGCCCUGAUGGCCGACAUGAAGUCGCAUAUAUGUUGGCACGUUUAUGGGCUGCUCUACCGCCACCAGAAGAACUUUGAGGAGGCCAUCAAGGCGUACAAAUCAGCUUUGAAGCUGGAGCCGGACUCUCUACAGAUACAGAGAGAUCUGGCCUUCCUGCAAGUUCAGAUGCGCGACUACCAGGGAUACGUCCAGAGUCGCACAGCUAUGCUCCAGGCCAGAUCCCAGGUUCGACAAAACUGGACUGCGCUUGCAGUAUCCCAUCACCUAGCAGGAGACCUGGCGCAGGCUGAAAAGGUUCUGACAACGUACGAGGAGUCGCUCAAGACUCCACCGUCUAAAACCGACUACGAGAACUCAGAGGCUGUCAUGUACAAGAACUCCAUCAUUGCUGAGCAAGGAGACUACCAAAGGGCCCUAGAUCACUUAGAAUCGGCUGCUAAGCAUAACCUGGAUCGCCUGGCUUACCUUGAGUGUCGCGCAGAGUACCUUGCCAAGCUUGGAAAGAAGGAAGAUGCUGCGAAAGCAUACCGAACGCUGCUGGACCGAAACCCGGAACAUCCGGACUACUACAACAAAUAUGUGGAGGUGCUGGACAUUGCUGCAGAUGACCAAGCUGCGAAGAAAGCUGUUUAUGACGAAUAUGCUGAGAAGAACCCGCGCUGUGAUGCUGCAAGACGAUUGCCUUUAGACUUCUUGACUGGCGACAACUUCCGAGAAGCAGCUAAGUCGUAUUUAUCCCUAAUGUUGAACAAGGGUGUGCCAUCAACAUUUGCAAACCUGAAGCAUCUGUACACAGACUCGUUCAAGAAGGACACUCUCGGCGCAGUUGCGCAUGAGUACUUAGACGCGAAAAGCACCAGCAAGGAUGAGAAAGAAGCCGUCGAUGGCGAGACUCCCAAGGGUGAGGGUGCGGCACUUUACUAUCUUGCACAACAUUACAACUACCACCUAUCUCGGGACCUUACCAAAGCAAUGGAGUUUGUCAACAAAGGACUAGAACUGGUACCAAACAACCUGGAGUUCCACAUGACAAAGGCUAGGAUAUGGAAGCAUUAUGGCAACACACAAAAGGCAUCAGAGACCAUGGACAAGGCGCGCAACCUCGAUCUCAAGGAUCGAUACAUCAAUACGAAGGCAGCAAAAUACCAGCUGCGCAACGACGAGACAACGAAGGCACUGGAGACACUGGGCUUGUUCACCAGGAACGACUCACCUGGUGGCCCGCUCGCUGAUCUAUUGGACAUGCAAUGUGUAUGGUUCAUGACCGAAGAUGGCGAAGCCCAAGCACGGAAAGGCAAUGUGGGCCUGGCUUUGAAGCGCUUUCACACUGUCUAUAACAUAUUCGACGUGUGGCAGGAGGAUCAGUUUGACUUCCACAGCUUCUCCCUCCGAAAGGGUCAGAUCCGCGCCUAUGUCGACAUGGUUCGAUGGGAGGAUCACGUGCGCGAGCACCCGUUCUACAGCCGAGCUGCUCUUGACGCGGUUAACUUGUACAUCAGUAUGCAUAACAACAAACAUCUGUCCAAUGGGGUAAAUGGCUCUGCCGAUGUCAAUGGUGAGGAUGCCGUGGAGCGUAAGAAGGCUGCGAAGAAGGCACGAAAAGACGCCCAAAAGGCAGAACGAGAGGCAGCAGAGCGAGCAGCCAAGCAAGACCCUAACAAAGGCAAGAAGGUGGAGGAUGAGACCAAGAAGAAGGACGAUGAUCCCAAUGGCGCUAAGCUCAGUGCAACAACUGACCCGUUGGGUGAAGCGACGAAGUUCUUGCUGCACUUGCUGCAGCACAGCCCUCAGCUUAUUGAUGUCCAGAUCGCUGGGUUCGAGGUGUACUUGCUGCGAGAAAAAUACAUCCUAGCCCUCCGUUGUCUCAACGCUGCCCUCGCUUUAGAUCCGGAACAUCCUCGCGUGCACGAGCAAGCCGUUGGCUUCCGCCAUGCGCUCAACUCCAAACUAGACUCCCUGCCUCCUAAGGUCCAGGAAGUUUUGAAGGCUGAAUUCACCGUCAUUCCCCCUUCGACGGACCUCAAGAAGUACAACACCGACUUCGAGGCCAAGCACAAGGAUUCCUCGCUCCACGUCAUCGCAGCUGUCAACACACGGAAGCUGCUUGGCGAUGACCAAGCCACUUGUGAGAAGGAUUUUCUCAAGCUGUUGGAUAUCAAGGGUGUGCAGUUUGAGGAUGCCAAAUUAGCCUUGGACGUUCUGAAGAACUGGAGGAGCAAAGAGGCCCAGGAAUUCAAGGCCAAGUGCCUUAGCAUGUGGCCCGAGGUCACCGCCUUCGCGUAGGUUGCCUUGGCUGAUGGAUUAUUCGAGCCCUUGGGCCAAGUCGGUGAAUUUGUUUUGAUCUCCAGCCGGUGGACUUUCGAUGAGGCUGAGGAUGGACCAAUCCUUGCACGGGAAGAACAUUGAUCACGCCUCAAUACGUUUGUAGUGAGGUGGCCAAAGGCGGUUAAGAGAAAAAGCAUCUCAAGCAAGAAACAAAAUUCGGAGAGUAGACUAACGAUUGCAUACGUAUAGGCAUGAAGUAACAUUAUUGACUGCAUGACAGUAUGUGUUUAACUGAAGCUGGAUGUGCACAUGCAUGUUCGACAAGUCAUCGAACCAAAUAAAGAAAAUAGCAUCGAUUUAUCGCUCAAGUGCGAGUACCGG